AUGUAUAUAAAACAGGUUAUAAUUGAAGGGUUUAAGAGCUACCGGGAACAGGUUGCCACUGAGCCCUUCAGUCCAAAAAUCAAUUGUGUCGUUGGCGCUAAUGGAUCUGGGAAAACAAACUUUUUCCAUGCCAUUCGUUUUGUACUCAGUGAUCUCUUUCAAAACCUGCGGAGUGAAGAUAGGCAUGCACUACUUCAUGAAGGUGCAGGGCAUCAAGUAUUAUCUGCUUUUGUGGAAAUUGUGUUUGAUAACUCUGAUAAUCGUAUCCCGGUUGAUAAAGAGGAAGUGCGACUGCGUCGGACGAUAGGUUUGAAAAAGGAUGAGUACUUUUUGGAUGGAAAACACAUCACGAAAAAUGAAGUUAUGAAUUUGCUGGAAAGUGCUGGGUUCUCUCGCUCCAACCCUUAUUAUGUGGUGCAGCAGGGAAAAAUAGCGUCAUUGACGUUGAUGAAAGAUUCUGAACGUCUGGAUUUACUGAAGGAAAUUGGUGGAACUCGAGUUUAUGAGGAGAGACGCCGUGAAAGUUUGAAAAUCAUGCAAGAGACAGGCAAUAAAAGGAAGCAGAUCAUUCAAGUUGUUCAAUACUUGGAUGAGAGGUUAAAAGAACUGGAUGAGGAGAAAGAGGAGCUGAGAAAAUAUCAGCAGCUUGACAAACAGCGGAAAUCUCUAGAAUACACAAUUUAUGACAAGGAACUUCAUGAUGCUCGGCAGAAAUUGGCAGAGGUUGAAGUGGCUCGAAACAAGAUCACUGAAACUUCUGCUGAAAUGUAUAACCAUAAGUUUGAUGCUCAUGAGAAGUCCAAGGACUUGGACAAGGAGUUGAAAGAUUUAACAAAGGAAGUUCAGGGAUUGAGUAAAGAGAAAGAAGUGGCGGAAAAGCGACAUGCUGAAGCAAUAAAGAAGCAAACGAAACUUGAGCUUGAUGUGAAGGACCUGCAGGAGAGGAUUGCUGGAAAUAUGCAGGCCAAAGAGGAUGCAAUGAAACAGCUUGAUAUUCUGCAGAAAGAAAUACAAUAUUCACAGGAGGAGCUUGAGAAAAUUAAUCCUUUUUAUGAGAGCCAAGUUGAAACGGAAAAGGAGAUUACAAAAGGAAUAAUGGAGCGUGAAAAGCAGCUUAGCAUUCUUUAUCAGAAACAAGGUCGUGCCACCCAAUUUUCCAACAAAGCUGCCCGUGACAAAUGGCUUCAAAGGGAAAUUGAUGAUCUUGAACGCGUUCUUUCUUCAAAUUUGAUGCAGGAGCAAAAAAUCCAGGAUGAAAUCCGUCAGCUUGAUUCCGAUCUGAAGGAACAAGAUGUUUUCAUUGAGAGUCGCCGAGCUGAAAUUGCAACCUUAGAAUCCCUCAUUUCCCAAUCACGUGAAGGAUUCACCAAUCAAAGAGCACAAAGAGACCGGUUGCAGGAUGAGCGGAAGUCAUUGUGGGGGAAAGAAAGCACACUUUCUGGGGAAAUUGACAAAUUGAAAGAAGAAUUUGAGAAGGCUGAGAAGAACCUUGAACAUGCAACACCUGGUGAUGUGAGGAGAGGGCUGAAUUCUAUUCGUCGGAUUUGCAGAGAGUAUAAAAUCAGUGGAGUUUGUGGUACAAUUAUUGAGUUGCUUAAAUGCGAUGAGAAAUUUUUCACUGCUGUUGAAGUUACUGCUGGAAACAGCUUAUUUCAUGUGGUGGUUAAAGACGAUGAAAUAUCAACACAGAUAAUUAGACACCUAAAUUCCUUGAAAGGAGGACGGGUUACAUUUAUACCACUCAACAGGGUGAAGGCUCCAUCCAUGACUUAUCCACAGAGUUCUGAUGUGGUACCCCUGCUACAUAAAUUGGAUGUUUCGACUGAAUUUAAGGACGCAUUUGGCCAGGUAUUCGCUAGAACUGUGAUUUGCCGGGAUUUGGAUGUGGCCACUAGAGUUGCGCGAACUGAUGGCUUGGAUUGCAUAACUUUGGAAGGUGAUCAAGUAAGCAAGAAAGGCGGUAUGACGGGAGGUUUUUACGAUUAUAGGCGCUCUAAAUUGAAAUUUAUGAACAUCAUCAGGCAGAGGAAAGAAGAUAUUGAAAUGAAGGAAAAAGAACUGGAUAAAGUUAGAUCCAUGCUUCAAGGUAUAGACCAAAAAAUUACAGAACUUGUUGCCGAGCAGCAGAAAAUUGAUGCUAAGCGUGCUCACGACAAAUCCGAGGUGGAACAGCUAAAGCAGGAUAUUGAGAAUGCUAACAAGCAGAAACAAUUUAAGAUGAAAGCUCGUGAAAAGAAGGAAAAGUCUCUUGCAGAGGUCAGGGCUCAAAUUGAUCAGCUUAGGGCUAGUAUGGCCAUGAAAUGGGCGGAAAUGGGGACGGAGCUCAUUGAUCACUUGACGCCAAAGGAGAAAGAUCUUUUAUCAAGAUUGAAUCCCGAAAUAACAGAACUGAAAGAGAAGCUUAUUGCCUGCAGGACUGAUCGAAUUGAGACUGAAACGAGAAAAGCGGAGCUUGAGACUAACCUUACAACUAAUCUGAAGAGGCGUAAACAAGAGUUGCAAGGCAUUAUAUCAUCUGUAGAUUCUGACUUGUUGCAUGGCGAAGUUGAACUAAAAAAGCAGGACCUGGACGAUGCUAAAUUGGUGGUUGAAGCUGCAACUAAGGAGCUCAAUGAAAUCUCUGGCCGUAUAUCUGAACAAACAAAGCAACUCAAGAAGAUCAAAGAUGAAAAGGCUAAACUAAAGUAUAUGGAAGACGAUUUUGAGCAAAGACUUGAGGAUGAAGCCAAGAAAUCAGAACAACUUUUGCGUGAAAGGAAUGCACAUCUUGCUAAACAAGAAGAGUACUCUAUGAAAAUUAAAGAACUUGGCCCGCUGUCAUCAGAUGCUUUUGAAACGUAUAAGCGGAAGAGCAUCAAAGAGCUGCAUAAAAUGCUCCAUAGGUGCAAUGAGCAGCUGCAGCAAUUCAGCCAUGUAAACAAGAAAGCGCUGGACCAAUACGUAAAUUUCACUGAGCAACGAGAAGAGCUUCAGAACCGACAAGCUGAACUGGAUGCAGGUGACGAGAAAAUUGGAGAACUGAUAACAGUUUUAGAUCAACGGAAGGAUGAAUCAAUAGAACGCACUUUUAAAGGUGUUGCUCGACACUUUCGAGAAGUAUUUUCAGAGCUUGUGCAAGGUGGCCAUGGCCAUCUGGUCAUGAUGAAGAAAAAGGAUGGUGAUCAUGAUGGUGAUGACAAUGAUGAAGAUGCCCCUCGUGAAGCAGAUUUGGAGGGAAGAGUUGAGAAAUACAUUGGAGUGAAAGUAAAGGUUUCUUUUACUGGUCAAGGGGAGACGCAAUCGAUGAAGCAGUUGUCGGGGGGUCAAAAAACUGUUGUAGCUCUGACACUGAUCUUCGCUAUACAGCGAUGUGAUCCUGCUCCCUUUUAUCUUUUUGAUGAGAUAGAUGCAGCACUGGAUCCUCAGUACAGAACUGCUGUUGGAAAUAUAAUUCGUAGACUGGCAGACAUGACUAAUACACAAUUUAUAACCACAACAUUCCGACCAGAGCUCGUGAAAGUUGCUGACAAGAUUUAUGGGGUGACGCAUAAAAACAGGGUGAGCCAUGUCAACGUCGUCUCCAAGGAAGAUGCCUUAGAUUUUAUUGAGCAUGACCAGUCUCACAGUGCUGAUUAAGUGAAGUGUGGAGUAUAGAUGAAGUGAUUGCGUGAAGAUCCUGUGAUAUUAAUUCUGAUGUUCGCUUGUAAGUACAAUGUGGAACUGACUAGUCUGUGUUCUUAGGUAGAUCCAUGUAUUUUGUACGAUGAAUGUUUGUACUGGAAUCUAGAGUUUGUACAUGGUUAACAUGAUACUGAUUGGGUUAUACCCUUAUCUUAGGCCAAUCCUUCUGAAUGUUUGCUAAUUUGAGCUCUUACGAGUUGGGAUUGUUGAUUGACUGGGAUCCUAUUGACUCUAAAGUCUGAACUAAUCCUCUGUGGAUUUUGCUGCUUGUGAUUAUCUUUGUUCUUGGGUGACUGGGAUCCAAUCGACAAUAAACUAAUCCUUUCUAUGUGAA